AUGAUUAUCAGGUUUUGUAUAUGGAAUACAGUCUCAAGCCUUCGCUUGCUUAACUUCUCAGAUCAGAUUCCAUCGUCUGAGAAAUUGAACAAGGCAAAGGAUUCUCUAACCAAAUCUCUUAACAACACACAAGAAUCUGUAAAGGAGAAAAGUCUCCGCACCAAGGCUUUGAUCGAGGAGUUGACAGUACUUCUCGGUAAGCUGCCGCCGAGCAAGUCGAACACCGGAAGAGAUCUGAUCCGUCGCUCGUUUUCCGCUCUCGGAGUCCUGACUGUUUUCGUCGGAAGCGUUUUGGUUACCGUCUUGUACGGGGAAUCCGAUGUAGCUAAGCUCUCAGUUCCGGUUGAGUUCCUCUGGGCCGACUCAGUCAACGGUCUGCAGACUCAAAUCUUUGACCUGAUAAAGCCGAAGCAAAAUGCGGUUUUGGAGCUUGAUAACAUCGCAAGCCGGGCGGCGGUAGUACUCGAUCUCCUCCAUGUCUUUGUUUCCGACGACGGAGAUAAAGUCGACGGCAAGGUUCGUUUGGAGGACGGCGUAAAGGAGCUGGGAACGGCGACGAAGAAGUUCUCGGAUGGUGUAGAUACGUUGACUAACGGAGUUAACGGUAUGUUUCGCACUGUUUUGAACACUCGUAACGGCCGUUUAGAUCUUUAG